CAAGAUGCAAUAGGAAGGUCUGGCUAGCUCAACACUUGGGGAGUGGGGGAGUAUUCGGAUCUUUCUUUUACAUCCGAUCAAAAAAAUGAUCAGUUAUAUAAAGUUGUUGACGAUUCUCAUUCUAAUUCUGUCGUGGACUAUAGUCAGUUUCCUCUCUCCAGCAAGUCCCAGCCAGUAGUAGCCAUGAAAAGCAUUCUCCAAUACUCAACUUUAGCCCUCGCCGCUCUCGCCUCCGCGGGGCCGGUCAUGGAGCGCUCGGGCUCGCCGUAUGUGGGGCCCGAGAACGGCACCCUCGUGAUUAUAGGGGGUAACGCACAGGACGACGCCAUCUACCAAAAGAUCAUAGAUCUAGCCGGAGGCCUGGACGCUCCAAUCGUCACAAUCCCUACUGCCGAAGGGAGCGACACUUACGACGACAAUGCCGCUGCGGCGGGCACGUUCCGUAGACUUGGCGCCAAGAACGUUACCGUUUUACACACAUACGACCCGAAGGUGGCCGAUACGGAGGAAUUCGCGGCUCCGCUGCGCGCUGCUAAGGGUGUGUUCUUCGGCGGCGGUCGCCAGUGGCGUCUUGUAGACGCGUACGCGGGUACCCUUACAGAGCGUCUGUUUCACGAGGUUCUCGACCGCGGGGGCGUCGUCAGCGGAAGCUCAGCAGGAGCAUCUAUCCAGGGCAGUUUUCUUGCUCGGGGGGACACCGCCAACAACCAGAUCCUAGUGGGCGACCACCAGGUAGGCUUUGGCUUCCUGAAGAACGCUGCCAUUGACCAGCACGUGCUCGUGCGCAACCGCCAGUUCGAUAUGUUCGACAUUCUCAAGGUCCGACCGGAGCUCUUGGGCAUUGCUAUCGACGAGAAUACCGCGCUCAUCGUAUCUAAAAAUGAUGCAGAGGUGUACCGCGGCACUUACGUGAUUAUUUACGAUGGUAAAUUUUGGUCGAGAGAGGGAAGCGAUUUGAAACAUCUUCCGGAUAGUUCAUCUAUCUUUUAUUUCCUCAAAGACGGUGACAAAUACGAUCUUGGAAAGCGGCAGGUGGUAGUCUGAAAGGAAUUUUUAAUAAUGACUUCAUUUUAUUUUUUACUUUUGAUAGUUGAUAGCGCCUACGAUGAUAACACCGUCCAUAUUUGACGUACCAUCUGGGAUACCGGUACAACACCUUUGAAAACAUGAUCGGGCACCUGCCUUAACAGCACAAAUAGAGCUGCUGCUUGUGGUGACAAUCAUACGUUUCGUCAGUUAAUAACAGGUAGAUACGCAUGUCAAUGGGUAGUACACCA